AUGGAAUUAUCUAAUCGCUUUCAGUGGCCCUCUGUCCUUACGUAUGAUGAUGAGUUUCGCUUAUUGCAAGCCACCUAUGGCUAUCCCUGGAGUUUCGAUUGUAACCAUUUACACACGGUUAUCCUAGAGCCCAUUCCCAAAACCCCUACCCCUACCCACUCUACAAGUCGAGCCCCUGGCCCAAGCACUCAGUUCGCUGUCACAACUAGCGAGGGGCUGUACCGCCACCGAAAUGAUCCCCACCAUCGAAAUGAUCUCCGCCACCGAAAUGACCCCCAAUCACCACCGAAAUGAUCCCCACCACCGAAAUGAUACCUAUUCGCAAUCGAAAUGAUCCCGUCUUAAAUUUUCGGAACCUUGGCUUAAAUGGACUUGGGACUUUGCUACCUAUUCUAAAUUUUUCGUUUAUUCAUGCAAACACGAUUCUAAACAGAGGAAAAUAGAGAAAGCAAAUAGACUGGUAACAGUUCUAUACACUGAUUAAGAAGAUUAAUUUUCUUGCAAAAAUAUAAAAAGAAAUUCGAAGAAAUAGAAGACAUAAGUGAAAUGCAUCUAUUGAACAAGUAUUGUCUAGUGUUAAACCAAAAAAAACAAACAAACAAUUUACUGCAAAAUAAAGCGCGGUAAAAAGGUAAAUUACACACCGUAAAAAAGAUGCAAUAUAAAUACAUAGAAAGCACGCUCUAAAUUGUUGUCCAGUUUUUGUAGUCCUCUUAAUUCCAUUCCCGAUAUUCCGGGGAUCAUUUGGUGGUGACCGCCGGUAUCAUUUCGGUGGUGGGGAUCAUUUCGGUGGUGAUUGGGGGUCAUUUCGGUGGCGGAGAUCAUUUCGAUGGUGGGGAUCAUUUCGGUGGCGGUACAGGGGCGUACCAUUUGCCGUAGCUACAACUCCCCUCGGGGUUGCUCCUUUCCCAACUGCGUUUACGAACAUGCUUGUAACCGACGCGUUCAGGGGGGUAGGGCGUGCGGCCAAAGCCACCCAGGUCAUAGCCAUGCUACCUCCCUCAUUUCCCCACUACCGGGAACGAGGGCCACCCCCCAGUGACUACCCCUGACAAAUUCGACCCUUAAUCAGAGUUUAUGGUUAUCCGAAUUAGAGGGGAACGCAGAUAGCGAAUUUUUGAGCGAUGGCAUAUUAUUUGGUUUUAAGUUAACGGGCGUUGACACCACGUUUAAAGAAGUAGACAUGCCGAAUUAUAAAUAGGCAACUAACUCUGCUGUGAGGAGGGAACACAGUAGAGGAAACGGUUAGCGAUCAGAUCAGACGUGGAAACUAUGUUAUUUCGGCAACUAAACCGACGGUCGUAAGCGCCUUAGGAGCUAUUCCCAAGCCGAAUUCGACUGAGGUACGCCUUAUUCAUGAUUGCUCUAGACCACAUGGGCGUGCGGUCAAUGAUUACAUAACCACAGACAAGUUUAGAUUCCAAACCCUUGAUGACGCGACACGUGCACUCCAGCCGGGGUAUUACAUGAAAAAAAUUGACCUCCGUCACGCGUAUCGUUCCGUUUCCAUUCACCUGUCCAACUACCAGGCUACCGGCUACAAAUGGCGUUUCGAGGGCGACGAUAUCGGUACCUUUUCCUAUGAUACUCGCCUGCCUUUUGGAGAAAAAUGCUCCCCGGAAGUCUUUCACCGGUUAACACAGGCUGUUCGGCGCGUGAUGGCUAAGCGCGGCUACCAUGAAGUCAUGGUUUAUUUAGAUGAUUUUCUUGUUAACGAAAGCACUUACUGCGAUUGCAAAGAAAAACAUGACUCACUUUUGGCGCUACUCCAGGAUUUGGGUUUUUCAAUAAGCUGGCGGCAGCUCGUUCCACCAACGCAAUGUCUCACGUUUCUUGGUGUCGAACUA